AUGGGCAGACGCCUGCCGUGGAAGACAUCCACGACUCCUUCGAACGCUGAUAAGAAACCGCCCGUGAAGUCGGAUAGCCCACGCGCUGCGCGGACUAACUCACCGAGCCUGGCGUCAGCCUCAACCCCGGCGUCGUUCAUCAAGAAACCGCGUCGCGAUCGCGUCAUUGACGAUGAAGGUAUCUCGCAACUUGCUCACGCACAUCAUUUCACAGCUAAACGUGUUUUAAGAUGGUGUAAGGAGCCCAUCCACGUCGCCGCCGCCAGAACCACCACCAGAGAGCGUGAUGACCGCUACCGCAUGGUUGAGGACGAGUUCCUCAACAUGGCUCACCAGUUCACCACGCAUCUUCACCGCGCAGAGUACAACCGUCUCAAGUCCCUAGCCAAGAGCCAAAACGCCGACACCAUCCGUGAGAUUGAGCGUCCUAUAAUCGGGGCACCCACACUCCUUGCUCGGCGAAGGCAGGAAAGCGUGCGGCGUGCCGUUAAACAGCGGGGAUUCAUGCGUAACGGCGAUGAAGAAGAGACGCCGUUCGUGGGGAGAAGUCUGAAGGGCUUGAUGGAGAGUCCCAGAAAGGAGCACAAAUGGAUAUCAGGCGGCAUGGCCGGGGCGGCGGCUACGAGGGCAGCAGCUGGGUUCGAUUCGCAGAAGUUGAGCCCAGUCAAGCUAAAAGCAACUCCGAAGGCGUUCUCGGCCAAGAAGCGUCAAUUACCCGCCGCAGAUGACGAGGAGACGGACGACGGAGAGGAUCUGGAUCUAUCCACGCCCUCUCGGACACCCAUGAACAAGCUCAAGUAUAAGGCGACCAACUACAGCAUCCAGCAAAACCGAGACACCAUAUAUUGGCAAAGCAUCCAAACACAAAGAUAUUCAUGA